UCGAAGAUGGCGACUCACAUGUCGAGGUGUAGAACCUGGAGUCGUGUUCAGAGGUUUGGGAUCGCAGCUUACAGAAAGUACAGCAGUGGCGGCAGAUACCCAAAUAUCUCCCUCUCCGCACCACUGCCUGGGAUCCCCAAGCCAGUGUUUGCAUCUGUGGAUGGUCAGGAAAAAUAUGAGACCAAGAUCACUACUCUAGAAAAUGGCCUCAAAGUUGCUUCCCAAAACAAGUUCGGUCAAUUCUGCACAGUUGGAAUUUUAGUAAACUCUGGCUCCCGAUAUGAAGCAAAAUACCCAAGUGGAAUAGCACAUUUCGUAGAGAAACUUGCCUUUUCUUCCACAGCUCAAUACGGGAGUAAAGAUGAAAUCCUGCUUACGCUGGAAAAGCACGGAGGGAUAUGUGACUGCCAAACAUCAAGGGAUACCACCAUGUAUGCAGUGUCUGCUGAAGUGAAGGGUCUGGACACAGUGGUUAGUCUUCUCUCUGACGCUGUACUACAGCCUCGCCUGCUCGACGACGAGAUCGAGAUGACCAAAAUGGUGGUGCGCUUUGAGUUAGAAGACCUAAACAUGAGGCCGGACCCUGAGCCUUUACUCACCGAGAUGAUCCACGCUGCUGCAUAUCGAGGCAACACGGUGGGACUGCCUCGCUUUUGUCCCACAGAUAACGUGGAUAAGAUCGACAGGAAAGUGCUUCACAGCUACCUGCGUAACUACUACUGUCCUGAGCGGAUGGUGCUGGCUGGAGUGGGCAUCGAGCACGAGCAGCUGGUUGAAUGUGCCAGGAAAUACCUGCUGGGCGUGAAGCCAGUGUGGGGAACGAGCACCGUGGCCAACGUGGACCAGUCUGUAGCACAGUACACUGGUGGCAUUGUCAAGAUGGAGAAGGAUAUGUCAGAUGUGAGCCUUGGCCCCACCCCAAUCCCAGAGCUCACCCACAUCAUGAUCGGUCUGGAGAGCUGCUCCUUCCUGGAGGACGACUUCAUCCCGUUCGCAGUGCUCAACAUGAUGAUGGGUGGAGGAGGCUCCUUCUCUGCAGGAGGACCCGGGAAAGGCAUGUUCACCCGCCUGUACCUGAACGUGCUCAACAGGCAUCAUUGGAUGUACAACGCCACUUCCUACCAUCACAGCUAUGAGGACAGUGGUCUGCUGUGUAUCCAUGCCAGUGCAGACCCCAGACAGGUGCGGGAAAUGGUGGAAAUAAUAACCAGAGAGUUCAUUCAAAUGGCUGGAAAUGCUGGAGAGAUGGAGUUAGAGAGGGCCAAGACUCAGCUGAAGUCGAUGUUGAUGAUGAACCUUGAGUCACGGCCGGUUAUUUUUGAGGAUGUUGGUCGCCAGGUUCUCUCCACAGGAAAGAGAAAGCUGCCGCAUGAACUGUGUGAUCUAAUAUGCAAUGUGACAGCCAGUGAUAUUAAAAGAGUGACCACUAAGAUGCUGCGCAGUAAGCCCGCAGUAGCAGCUCUGGGAGACCUGACGGAGCUGCCCUCGUAUGAACACAUCCAGGCCGCCCUGUCCAGCAAGGACGGACGUCUGCCCCGCAUGUACCGUCUCUUCCGAUAGACCCCACCCCCAUCGUCCCCAAUUGCCAUUCAGCCAGUCUGAACUGGCAAACAUCACUGUAAAUAAACUGGACUGGAAGAUUACACUAGUGUUCCCUCCCAACACAGAACUUGGCACAACUCACUCAGGGAGGGGGCUAAUCCCUGGGCUCUCAACUGAACCUCUGAGACUGGGGAUUUUAAAGAAAAGUUACAUUUUACUCUUAAGUAGUCGACAUAUGGUUGGAGUAUAUGUAUUUAUUGUUUGUGGGCAAGAAGCCAUACGUCAUUAUUUUACUGAUGGUUUGCAGGAGUUUGGUUUUAAAGGGACAGUUCACCCCAAAGCCAAAAUUUAAAGUGUCAGUUUCCCAUUUAAAAAACCUCAGUAACAACCUGUUAUGUUUUUACACUGUGAAAUGAUCUUCAAACUAUUUCUGCACAGAUGCAAUAGAAGGGGACGGCUAACAUCUCCCAUAGUGUCAACGUCUAUACUUCUUCUUGAGCCAUUACGUUCCUCACUCUUCAGACCAUCAGCUCUUUAAAAUUCACAGAGCUCCACCUCAGACCUUUCUCCAGAGAAAAUAUAUAAACAGCACUUAAUGAUCUCUCUUUAGAGGCACAUGAGACACAACACACAGCAAAAGUUAACUUAAUGAUUAAUAAUGCCGCUGCUCGAAAUUUUUGGAUCAUUGUUGCCAACUUUACAACUGUAUUCAGACUGAAAUCAUGUUUUCUGUCAGCGUUGUCUCAGAUGCCCUGUAGAGAGACUGAAAUCUAAAGUAAAACCUGUUCCUUUUUAUAAUUGUUUUUGGUUGUCGGUGCCCGUGUAAAUUUCAAAUCAACUUAAGGGGAUAAAUUAAAAGCAUAGUUUGACAUUUGGUAAAUGAUUCACUUUCUGGCGCAGUUAGAUGAGAUGUGGAAGGGCGGAUCAAUCCAGUGUUGAUACUCCUGAUACAAAGUCUUGUUUUGAGUAUUAGUACUAGGGUCAAUAAGUUCAGAGAAUUCACAUUAUGAAUACUGUCUUGUGUUUUAACAUGCACAUGAUUAGGUACUUAAGAGAAUAGCAAAGAAAUGCCUCAUGUUUGGGAAAUUAAAUACAUAUUCAGAGGUGCAUUGCAAUUAUGAUGUAUUCUCUGCCUUACAUGAUAGUACAUGAGCUGCUUUUAACAAUAAAAGCAUUGAUCUCGGUAUUUAUAUCAUGAUCCUGGCCCUGGUAUUACUUGGUAUCGCACUGAAACUGACAGAGUUGGUCUCGAUGUUCUUGUCUAGCUUCCCACCAGAAAGCAAAUAAAUACAUAUCAAAAUGUUUAACUAUUA